CAAGUCAUACGACGGUUGAUUACAGCUGUCUGAUUCGAUCCGGAUGGUUAGUCUGUGAUUUUCGGUGUUUCGUGGCUAUCAAUUCUUAAAGUCUGAUUGAAGUUGUGCGUGGUGCUGUGCGAAGUGAAAAUUUGUUAUUGAUCCUAUACCACAUCAGUGAUUUGUGAGCGGAUUCGAAAGUACAAGGUCAAUAGAACGGGAUAAAAAAAGCGUGUGAGUGUGACAUCCACAGCGGCAUUCCGAGCAUCUGGAGGCUCCAACUUUCCCGAGAAAAAGAAUGUCGCGAAAGCGGCCGCGUGAUGCAGUCCUUGCAGCGUCUAUCGUUUCUCCUCCCGGGAGCCUAACCCGAGAAGAUUCCAUCGCGAUAAGCAUCCCCCCACCCAGCGAAGGUGAUGCAGCAGAGGUGGAGGCUGUUGAAACACAAAACGGGACGAAAAAAUGUGCGGCCGAUGUCGCCAAUAGCGGUAACAGCGCACCACAGAAACGCUUUAGCAGUAUCCGUAUAGCGGACGAUGGCAUGGAAACGAGCAGCAGCGACAAACUUUGGCCGCCGAACCAGGACUGCGCCCGGAACGGCCAUGUGAACUUUGAAACCCCACCGUCGUCAUCAAGAUCCGUUUUAGAAGCACCAGCUCCAAUAGUCCCACUUUCCAAUCUGUCUAGUCAACUAGGAAGCAGAGUUGAACAUAGUUCACCAGUGACAAUUUGCAAGCCGGCUCCAUACUCGGACGAACCGGAUGCCGUCACGGAACGCGAACGAUGCGACUACACCCAGCGAAUCACCUACCAGAUGGCAAGAUCCGGAACAGCGUUGCGAAGGAUUCGUGUUUACGCCGACGGUAUCUACGAUUUGUUCCACCAGGGUCAUGCCCGGCAGCUGAUGCAGGCCAAGAAUAUAUUUCCCAACGUGUAUCUGAUUGUUGGCGUGUGCAACGAUGAGCUAACGCACUUCAAGAAGGGCCGCACUGUGAUGGACGACGAGGAGCGCUACGAGGCCGUACGGCAUUGUCGCUACGUUGACGAGAUCGUCCAGGAUGCCCCGUGGGAGCUUGACGACGCAUUUCUCGAGAAGCACAAGAUAGACUUCGUGGCACACGACGAAAUUCCGUACAGCUCAGAGGAUUGCAACGAUGUGUACGCGAAGAUCAAAGCGCGCGGCAUGUUUGUCGCGACGGAGCGCACCGAAGGCGUCAGCACGUCCGACAUCGUCGCCCGGAUCGUAAAGGAUUACGACAUCUACGUGCGGAGGAAUCUUGCCCGCGGAUACACAGCCAAAGAAUUGAACGUGUCGUUCCUGUCGGAGAAGAAAUUCCGCUUCCAGAACAAAAUGGACGAGCUCAAGGAUAAGGUGAAAAAGGGCAAGGGAGACAUCAUAAGCAAGUGGGAGGAAAAAUCAUCCGACAUCAUUCGCACCUUCCUGCUGAUGUUCGGCAAAGAUAGCCGAAUUUCGAACUUUUGGUCGGAAUCCAAGCACCGGAUAGUAUCGGCACUCAGUCCACCUGGAAGUCCCAAUGGAGGAAGCAGCAGCAGCUUGCAUGAAUAUGGCGAUGAGGAGGGCGAAAGUCCGGAAUCGAUGCUCGAUUCUCCACCGACAAAACGUUCGAACCGACAGAGGCCCGGAACCAUUUUAGCGAAUCAGCUGUCGGAAACUGAGGAUGAUGACGACGACGACGACAACGAUGACGAUGAAGAGUUUGUUGAUUCUCAAUCGCGACCGACCUCCAGCUAUAAUCUGGAUACGGUUGCCAACGGGCAGAAUGGCCAGCACUAGGCUAGGCUGCAGGGGAGGGGAAAGCAUGAUUUGUUUAUUUUUUGUGUUGCGUAUCUGCAGUUAAUGCAGUAAAGCCAGCAUCGAAUGAGAGAAUUGUGUUCGCGAAGUUGCGUGAACCGUGCGUAUUGGAUCGCGAUAAGGUCCAUGGAUAUUUGUCGUAGAAUCAGACUGGUACGUUUACCUAGUAGAGGGUGUAAGCUUACGGGAAUGAACAACAAAUUAUACAUACAAUAAGAGAGCGAGAGGCUGAACGCGAAGACUUUGGGUGAGUGAGAUCCGGAAUAAGUAUGAUUGCGAAGCAAGAGUAACUAAAUUUUCUAAUUAUAUUUAUUCGAUUAUUAUUACAAGUGUUGAGAGAGAAACUAUUCCUAUCACUCAUAGCAGUCAAUAGAUAUGAAUCAGGUCAACCGUAGUUUUUUUUUGUCCUUCGUGGUCACACUGUUUUGUUCGUUCGUUUGGCUUCAUUCAUCUACAGCUAUUUCAUCUAGUUUUAUUGAGUAGAAAUAAAGUUUACAAUGUUAGGUAUUCGCUACUUUCAUGGGAAGUCUUGUUAAAAGCUUGUGGAAAAUUUGGAACGAUGUGUACGGUAUACAGCACUCUUAUUCAAGAAAAGAUUAAAUACAUAAACACUAUCAAAGGGAAAAGGUAAUCAGCAUUGAUUUUUUUUUUGUAUGUGGCUGUGUUGUGAAAAUUCGCGGAGGAGCUUUGUAUUAGAGUUUUCAAAAGAAUGGUCUGGGCUCAUACUCAUAACGGAAAUCAAGAAAAAUACACUAACGAAAAGUUUUUUCCAACCUCACCUUAGCCUGAACAUUCCACUGACGUGUAAGAGUUUUGAUGAAGAUUUAAAUUAAACGCAAAUCACCGACAUGGUUUGAUGCAAUCCAAAAAGCCCAACAAAACAUUUGUCGGGGACCUUACUCGAAAACCAAUAGAGUGCUAGAAUCUGAAUCGAUGUAACAUUUUUCUGAGCUUUCGGAGGAUGCCUUUCGAAUUGAAAAGAGUGGAACAUAAAGCGCACAGUGAAUACCGCUAGUCUCUCGUAGCAGUAUUUGGAAACCCCGGAUAUCAAUACAAUUUACUUAUUCGAACGCUUGUUUGAACACUGGGGUUCUGUUUUUUCUGUAAAAUGAGUAAUCGCGAUUUGGGUGGAGGCGGCGAAAUGGCUUGUGGAAUGCGCGUUGGACUUUACAUACACCGAUACACCGAUAUACACAUUGUUGAACCAAAUUUGCAAUUUUUAGACGCUUCUGUAGCGUAUAGGUUGUUUGCAAUAGAUCAUAAACAAGUCAAAUAUUCAAUACGAGAAAAAGAAAUCCAACACAAAUAUUUAAAGGCUUUGAAAUAAACAUGUUGUACAAUGUU